ACGAGGACGAUAUCCUCGCCCUGGAGCCCGUCGCUGCUCCGGGCACCCCAUACGCGACGCUCGAGCUCUUCCCAGUCUCCAGCGCGCACGCAGCGUCGUCGACGUCCCUCGGCACGGCACCGCGCGCUCCCCGGGCGUCUGCAGUGCCGGGCGUUCCCCGCGCUUUCGGCUCGGGGGCGCCGCUCACCCCAGUCUUGAGCGGUCUGUCGACGCCCACUGGGAUGGUGCCAGGCACGCCCCGCACCUUCGGCGCGGGGGCGCCGCUCACCCCGGUCUUGAGCGGCCUGUCGACGCCCAACGGAGUGGCGCCAGGCACGCCGCGUGCCGUUCUUGUGCCAGGCACUCCCCGCGCCCAGGGUCUGUCGACGCCCCCAGGGAUGGCGCCGCGCACGCCCCUCGGCUUCGUUGUGCCAGGCACUCCUCGCGCCCAGGGUCUGUCGACGCCCCCAGGGAUGGCGCCGGGCACGCCCCUCGGCUUUGCUGUGCCAGGCACUCCUCGCGCCGAUGCGGCCGCAGCGGCGCUUCACUCCGUGACGCCAGCCCCCCCGCCCUCUUCCGUCGCCGCGGCGCCGGGCAGCCCAUGGCACGCCUGGGGCCGGGCGGCGGGCGACGUGGCGCCAGCCACCCCGCCGGGCGGCCCGUGGCACGCCUGGGGCCGGGCGGCGGGCGACGUGGCGCCAGCCACCCCGCCGGGCGGCCCGUGGCACGCCUGGGGCCGGGCGGCGGGCGACGUGGCGCCAGCCACCCCGCCAGGCGGCCCAUGGCACGCCUGGGGCCGGGCGGCGGGCGACGUGGCGCCAGCCACCCCGCCGGGCGGCCCGUGGCACGCCUGGGGCCGGGCGGCGGGCGACGUGGCGCCAGCCACCCCGCCCUCUUUCGCCGCCGCGGCGCCCGGCACCCCGCCGCUCUCGGGGCCACGGGACCAAGUCUGGAGGGAGGCGGCGGACGCAGCGGCGCGCAGCUCUGCGACGCCGGUCACCACGGAGCCCUUGGUCGCCGUGCCGCCAGACGCCAGGGCCCAGCUCGGCCAGGCCGCGCCGGGAACGCCCUCCGACGUACUGGUAGCUGCUUUGCUGGGCGCCACGCCCACGAGCCCUCCGGCGCGUCCAUCGUCGUGGCGCCUGCCAGCGACGCCACGGCUCCUCGAGGCGGCCGAGCUCCGCACGCCGGUCGGGGACAUGCCGGGCACGCCCGUGGAGGCGUUCUCCGCGGAGCCCGCGCCGGUGCCCGCGGCUCGCCGGCGGUCGGCGCCCGCGGCAGUGCAGCAGGCGCAGCCCGUCAGCGCGUGCACCAGGGGCGGCGCCAGGCCCAGCCGCAAGAGGCCCCGCGAGGCCGCCGCGGAGGCCGUGGCCAUCUCGGCGGGCGACUGCGUCGUCUGCCUGGACGCCGCGGCCACGCACCUGGCGGUGCCGUGCGGGCACCAGGCCUUCUGCGCGGAGUGCUCCGCAAGGCUGCUCCCGCGCCGCCCGAAGUUCAAGCGGAGCUCGCGGUGCCCGGUGUGCCGGAAGGAGGUGCAGCAGAUCAUCCAGGUCUUCGCCGCCGGCGCGCCGAGCGACGAGCCGGCGCCGCGCGCCGCCGCCGGAGCCGGCGGCGGCGCGGCGAGCAGCACCGGGCCCGCGUGA